AUGGCCGCAGAUCAUCAGCCCAGGGACGACCCCGGUCUCUCCAAUAACAACUCCCGGAUGCCAGUCCCGACACCCUAUUCCGACCAGGACCCAGAUCACCCAGAUUUGCCCCUGCCUAUAGAACAAUCAGACAACGACAACACCCAUGAUGAAGACGAAACCAAGGCCGCAGCCUCACGACCCCGCCAUGCCUGGCAGGCUCGAAGUCGGAACUUCUGGCUCCGAUACAAAGGCAUGGUCCUGGUGCUCCUGGCCCAGAUGUUCGGGGCCUCGAUGAAUGUCAUGACGCAGGUGCUGGAGAUCCAUAGCUCCAUGCAUCCAUUUCAGGUCCUCUUUGCCCGCAUGUCUAUCACGGCGGUAGCAAGCUACGCGUAUAUGUUCUAUAUGCACACCCCGCAUCCGCUGGGCACCCGAGACGUGCUGGGCUGGCUGCUCCUGCGCGCCGUCUGCGGAUUCACGGGCGUGUACGGCCUGUACUACUCCGUGCAAUACCUGCCUCUGUCCGAGGCAACGGUGAUUACCUUCCUAGCGCCCAUCAUGACCUGCUACGCAUGCUCGUGGAAGAUCCCCGGGGAAACAUUCUCGCGGCGGCAGCAGCUGGCAGCCGUGGUCUCGCUCGCGGGAGUGGUCUUGAUCGCACGUCCGUUCAGCAAGCGCUCGUCGUCAGGCGACAGCGAGAACCCGGACGCGGCGGACUCGUACCACCACAUUCUGGCGACGGUGGUUGCCUUCGUAGGCGUCAUUGGCGCGGCGGGUGCCUACACUUCGAUCCGCCUGAUCGGAAAACGGGCACACCCGCUGGUAUCGGUGACUUAUUUCUCCACGGUGACGACGGUGAUCUCGCUGGUCGCGAUGGCCUGCGUCCCCGGGAUCCCGUUCCGGUUCCCCAGCACCAAGACGGAGUGGGGACUGCUGGGCGGGUUGGGGGUGUGUGGGUUUCUGCUGCAGUUUCUGUUGACGGCCGGACUGUCGUAUGUGCCGCCGGCCUCGGUGGCUCCCAAGGCCGGCCAGGGGGCGCGGGCUACGUCGAUGGUGUACACGCAGAUGCUGUUCGCACUAUUCUACGACAAGGUGGUCUGGGGCAGCACGCCCAAGCCCAUCAGCGUCGUCGGGUCUGCUUUGAUUCUGUGCUGCGCGGUCUAUGUGGCCGUAGCGCAGGAGCCGCGUACAGAAUUAUCAGUCGAUCGCGGCGAUCCGCGGGAGGAGGGGUUGUUCAAGGACGACGCCGCUGACGAGGAAUGCGCCGGCCCUUGA